UCGGCUGGCCGCGUUUUCAUCCGCCAAAGCGGAAACAGCUUUUUUCGAGUGCCAUGGGCAGUCGCUGGGCUUCGAUGGCAGCGAAGGGCCAGCUGCUCUACCUCCCCGGGUGCGGGUCCCUGCCCGGCGGCCGCAAGGAGCGGUUUCUGCAGGCCUACGCUGCCCGCCACAGCCACCGCUUGUGCUGCGUGGAGUAUUCAAAGCCUUUGGGCUCUGAAGAGGCGCUGGCGCCAGAGGAGCUCAGCAGCCUGCACGCCUGCUUGGAGGAUGCAAAAGCGGCGCCGCAAGCCUCGGUGGUUGUGGCAGCGUCCAUGGGCGCCUGGGUCGCGGCGGGCCUCGCCGCGGAGGCGCUGCUGCUGCUGGCGCCCAGCGGGCCCUCCACGGCGGCACGGGCGCGCCCAGGGAAGGCGCCAGGCACUUGCAUCCUGCCCUCCGAGCACUCUACGAGCGGCGGCUAUGUGAUCAACUCGGUGGUGCCUAAGGAAUUGCAGGAGCACAGCAUCGCCGCCCGAGUGCCGGCAUCAUUCAUGGUGACAAGGACGAGGCCGUGCCGAUUGAAGACUCGGAGGUGCUGCUCGAGAGUCUUCAGAAGCGCGGCGUGCAGGCCUCGUUGCGUCGAGUGCCGGGGGGCGACCACCGCCUCUCCUCGGAGCCCGAGCUGCGGAUCCUGGAGGAGGAGCUUGAUCAGCUGAUCGCUGGCAUCCAGUUGC